UUCCUCCUCCCCAGCAGGUUCAGCCUCAGUCUCACAGCCAAAACAGCCGCCACGCUUGUCGGGUCUUUCUGCGGAUCAAAUCCACAGCUUGACUUCAGUCCAGUUAUUGUCGAAAAUGCCCACGAUAAAACUCCAGAGCUCUGAUGGGGAAAUCUUUGAGGUGGAUGUUGAGAUCGCCAAACAGUCCGUCACCAUCAAGACCAUGCUAGAAGAUUUGGGAAUGGAUGAUGAAGGAGACGAUGAUCCCGUCCCGCUUCCGAAUGUGAAUGCUGCCAUCCUCAAGAAGGUGAUUCAGUGGUGCACCCAUCACAAAGACGACCCCCCUCCCCCUGAGGACGACGAGAACAAGGAGAAGAGGACGGACGACAUUCCUGUUUGGGACCAGGAGUUCCUCAAGGUGGACCAAGGCACCUUGUUUGAACUCAUCCUGGCCGCGAACUACCUGGACAAAGGCCUCUUAGAUGUCACCUGCAAGACAGUGGCCAACAUGAUCAAAGGCAAAACCCCAGAAGAGAUCAGGAAGACUUUCAACAUCAAAAAUGAUUUCACAGAGGAGGAGGAGGCCCAGGUACGCAAAGAGAACCAGUGGUGUGAAGAAAAAUAAAGCGGAGAAUCCUGCCAACACUACCACACUGAAAGGAUUGUCCCUGCUUACUGGUUGCACUGGCGUUGUUCAUACUUGUUAAUAUUUGACUUUUAGGAUAUUGACAGCCACUUUGCUCUCUAGUUCCCUUCAUUUCUGUAUCCCAAUAAUAGCAUGACCAUUUAACUUGCCUGUGUGGUGUCAUUAAUUUAAAGAUAAAAUGCUUAUUACUGUUUUCACACACUCAUAUUUGUGGAUCUACAUAAAAUAUAGUCCUGUUCUCAUGGCUUUGUAUCCUCGAAGAAGAAAAGAAACGAUAUCCCUCCUUCCAGAUUA